UAUGGCUGCAUUCCGGGCCGAAGUCAUGCAAGAGGACGCAGAAAUGCGCCAAAAGAAGCUCUCCACGGCUGGCUACCAGGCUUCACAUGGCUAUGGUGGCAAAUUUGGGGUGGAAACCGAUCGGAUGGACAAAUCUGCCAUGGGUCACGACUAUCAAGAAAAGUUGGAACAACACGCCUCACAAAAGGAUUAUGCCAAGGGCUUCGGUGGCAAAUAUGGCGUUCAAAAAGACCGAAUCGAUCAGUCUGCGGUCGGUUGGGAUCAUGUGGAGAACGUGGAGAAGCAUCAGUCUCAAAAAGACUACAAAACUGGAUUCGGUGGCGAGUUUGGGGUUCAGAGUGACCGUGUGGAUAAGUCCGCUUUGGGAUGGGAGCAUGUGGAAAAAGUGUCGAAGCACGAGUCGCAAAAAGAUUACAAAUCUGGCUUUGGCGGAGAUCAUGGCGUCCAAAAUGACCGAAUGGAUCCGAGUGCUUUAGGGUGGGAUUUCUAUGAAACCCCUGAACGUCACGCUUCACAGUUAGAUUACAAGACUGGUUUUGGAGGCCAGUAUGGCGUGCAAACGGAUCGAGUGGAUAAGUCCGCUUUAGGGUGGGAGCACAUUGAGGCCAGCAGUCAGCAUGAGUCUCAAAAAGAUUACAAGACCGGCUUCGGUGGACAAUUUGGGGUGCAAAAAGAUCGCGUGGAUAAGUCCGCCUUAGGUUGGGAACAUCGAGACGAAUUGAACAAACAUGAGAGUCAAAAUGACUACAAGAAAGGAUUCGGCGGUAAAUUUGGCAUUCAAAAAGAUCGUCUGGACAAGAAUGCCCAUUCUUAUGAAGAACAAACUGAAGUGAUUGGUGCCAAAUACGAGAAAACACGACCGAAUGUUCCUGCCAAAAAUGCGGCUAAUUUGCGUGCACGUUUUGAGAACAUGGCCCAAGCAAAUGCAGAUGAUGCCAGAAAGCGGGCCGAGGAUGAGAAGAAACGCCGCGAGCAAAGAGAACAAAAGGAACGCGAAGAAGCCAAACGAAAAGAGGAAAAAAGGCAAAAGGAGGAACACGAGAGAGAGGAAAUCCGCAAAAAGGAAGAGGAGGAACGCAAUGAACAGCACCGAAAACAAGAGGAAGACAUGAGAAAGGCCGAAGAGGAUCGAGAACGGGCCAGAAAAGCCGAAGAGGAAAAAAUAAGAAGACAACGCGAAGAGGAGGAAGAAAAAAUCAGGAAAUUAGAGGCCGAAAACAAAGAGCGCGAGGCUGAAGAAGCCCGUGAAAGGCAACGGAAAGACGAGGAAAAGAGGCAAAAAGAGUUGGAAGAGCGACGACGCCAAGAGGAGCUUGAGGCUAGAAUGGCCAGAGAAAAAAUGGAACGAGAAAGAAAAGAGGAGGAAAGAAGGAUCCGCGAGGAAGAAAACCGGAGGUUGAAAGAGGAAGAGGAACGGCGAGCACGGGAAGAGGAAGAAGAGCGGUUGAGGAGGAAGAAAGCGGAGGAAGAGCAAAGAAUACGGGAAGCCAAUGAAGAAGAAGAACGCCGCCAACAACAAAUCCAGCAGCAGAAGCAACAGGAAGCCCAAGAACCCACCAUUAUUUCUCCACCAGCCUUUAGCGAUAAUCAGGACGACGUUGGUUUGACUGCCAUAGCUUUGUAUGACUACCAAGCUGCCGCUGAAGAUGAGAUAUCCUUUGAUCCCAAUGAUAUCAUUACCAACAUUGAACAGGUUGAUGAUGGAUGGUGGUUGGGUGAAUGUCACGGCAAGUUCGGCCUCUUUCCCGCCAAUUACGUGGAUCUCAGAGACUAACCUUAUCUUUGCAACCCAAAGAACAAGUUCUUCCGAUCCAAAUCAUCACACGGUUAAGAAAAAAAACCUUUUCGACCACGGAAAUAUUCAUGCCAUGUCAUAUGUGAUAAAUAUUAUUCGCUUACUUGUGCGUCUCACAUCGUACUUCGUUCUGUACUUGUUCUUGUACCUAAUGUGUCAUGAAAUGAUGGUCAAUCAAUUGUAUUUAUAAGUGCUGCUCGUGCAUCCAUCUAGUAUUGUCCCACCUUGUUGAAUCUCAAUUGGAAGCUUCUGUUCUUUGCUUUGAUUUCAGUAUUUGUUUACAUCAUAAUUUGACAUCUUGAAUAAACCCGAACUGGUGCUAAUUCCAUCAAAUUAGUGAUCA